CAGUUCUGACAACGAGCUCUCUUCUUCUUUUUUCUAUUCACGGUAUGGCUUAAGCGGCUGACCACGUAACCCCAAAAAUUUCCGGCUGGCGGGGCGUUACGUGCAGGCAAAAAUAAAAAAAAACAAUGUUUAUUAAAGAAAAUUCCAGUCAAUUUUUAUUUUAUUUCUAUACAUUUUAUUUUUUAGCUUUACCCAUGCUUGUGAAGGUUGUGAAAUACUUAAUGACUAAUGAGUGCACGAGUCUGAUUCGGGAGGAAAUGAACAUGAAAAUCUUGAUGUGCCCUGCUCUGGAGCUCUACUUGGCGCUUGGUCUCAAGGUCAUCGACUUGACCGCCUUUUUGUCUUUCUGUCCGAUUCGGCUGAAAUACCAAUAUUUAAAAUCGGCAGUGAUUAGGAUUUCGCAGUUUACUCCCAAUAUCGAAGAGCUUUUGGUGUCGAGCAAAACACGUCGGUACUACAGAAAAUUCGAUUCGCUCGUGGAUGCUGAGAUGUUGAAGGCGCUGUACCAGCUUACAAAUCUGCGGGUCCUUCAGCUGGAUGAAUGGUGCUGCUUCGAAAUAAAAGACGUUUUCCAACUGUGCGAAAAUCUGCCAGGCCUGCAAAUCCUCAGUAUCAACUUCCCAGACAGCUUUGACGACUUGGACGAUUUUAAUUAUGAUCGUGUCGAAUGUGCGGCAAUAUUGAAAAGAAGCAUGUCGAAUUUGAAAGAGUUUAUCUACACGGCAAGGAACAAUGAAACUCUUAAAAUAGAGUGCAUGAGGAAGAGGAAUCUUUCGAAUUUGCAUGUUUUACAUCAGUAUUCUGAGCUCUUCCGUCCGAAAGAAGAUUACGACCCCUCUACUCCAAAUGAAGUAGUCCCUGGAUACUCAAAUCUGCGACACUUAAUGAUACUUAUCAAUAUACCGUUCGAUUACCCAGAGGAGGACAUUCACAUAACACAUCCUCACGUCACUGACUUGAUGAUGCAUUGGUGCGAAGACCCAGACUGGGAUUGGAAGAGUUUGAAUUACAUUCUGCAGUUCACCAAUAUUGAGAGCUUGACUAUGCUCGACUUCCCGACCGAGGUUAUGUUCCGCUUUAUUGACACCUUCGGAGCUAAAUUAAACGCACUGAACAUCCAACACGACGACCGCCAGAUGGAACCGUUCCUGAAUUUAAAUUACAUUUUCACUGCUUGCCCUUUGCUUGAGAGACUACGGCUGUGGCUAGUCAUCAACGACCCAGAACCGAUCACAUUUUACGCUCGUCUAAAAGAAGUCGAAUUGAAUUUCUCGUUCCCGGACGGAAGCAGCGACGAGAUGGUGAAUAUUUUGAGUGCGCCUGACUUAGAGAAAGUCAUCCUGAGCGACCCCUGCCUCGAAGAUCUGAUUAAACUAACUUCAAAAGUGGCCGAGAAAGAUUUCCUACAGAAGCUCAAGACUCUCGUCAUAGAUCUGGAGGUCGAAUCCUUUGCACUUUUCGUCAACGUGGACCUAUUUAAUGGAAUCGUUGAGUUCAUCAAAUGCGCGGCAGCGUGCCUGAGCAAUUUGACGACCUUGAAGUUCUACUUAAAUGAUCGAAGAAGUGAAUAUUCCACGCUUGCAAAAAGUUUGAGGAAUGGAAGGACAACUAAUGAAGAGUUUCCAGACGUGACUGCCUUUUUCUCCGGCGCUAAUAUUAACAACGAAUCAAUCAGCUGGUUCGUGGAUGAAAAACUCAUAAGCAUUCUCGACAGUUAUACUGAAAGUGGAAUUUUGAUCGGAGAGAAAAUUAAAUAUGUUUAUUAAAACUCUAUAUUUUAAUCUUCAAAUUUAGAUAUUUUGAUCCUCGAUGACCAGUAAAGUUUUUGUGCCAAAAGCUGCGUAGUUAAUUAUAGAGGCGGUGCGGAUUGUGACCCCCCUGCUAGUAAAUUCAAUAUGGCGGAUUGCGGGUGCGGGUUAGCGAAGUGCGGUUUGGUGCGGGUUCAAAUUUUGAAAAAAGACAUGGGUGCGGUACGAAAUAAGCGGGUUCGGUGCGGGUUUGGGUUGAAAAUUUGUACCCGCGCAAAGUACUAUGAUCCUAUCAAAUUAAUUUGUUCAUUUUCUGAAAAGAGAAUCUCAAUUUCUCAAAAACAGUGCUAAUUCCAAGAACUGAUUCAGUUUAACUUUUGAUUUUUUUCUUGUUGGCAU